CUUCGCCGCCCGCGCCGCCAGGCGUCCUCCACUGCCCUGGGCUUCAUUCCGAGCGCGAGACCUUUGGCAGUUCAAAGUAAAGGAAGAACUGCGCGCGCAGCUGCGUUAGCGCCACAGAAGCCUAGACGCGCAAAGUGGCUGCGCAGGUUCCCCACUGCGUCCUCAACACGCCGGUUACGCGCAGCGAGGGCAACAAACGUGGCAGCAUGACAGCAUGCGCAGAUCUGCUCCAUGGGUCUGUUUAAUGACGACCCUAAAACUGGCCGUCCGGCACGUGCUCACUCCGCUCGCGUCUUUGUAAUUGUAGCGCAUUCCGCUCGCAGGUAAGCAGCGGCCCUGCGCGCAUGUGAUCCGCUCGCCACGUGAUCUUUCGUGUCGCGUCAGAACGCAGGGCAGGAACGCGCACGUGCUCGCGCUAUGACGAGAGAAUGGUGGUUGCACGUGGCGCUGCUGUGCGUCCCCUUGGUAGCGGUUUACCUGCACGUGCCGCAGCCGCAGCUGUCUCGCGCCCUGCACACCUGGCGCGCCACAGGCCGCUCGUUCAGCUUCCGUGGAAACAGCAUCUUUUACAAAGAGGCAGUGGGGCCUGUGGGGAGCUCUGACACAGUUGUGCUGCUGCAUGGAUUCCCCACAUCAAGCUAUGACUGGCACAAGAUCUGGGAACCUCUGAAGCAGCGGUUUCACAGAGUGAUCGCUCCUGACUUCCUGGGCUUUGGCUUUUCAGACAAACCUAGGCCUCAUGCGUACUCCAUAUUUGAGCAGGCCAGUAUAGUGGAGGCCCUGCUCUCUCAUCUGGACUUGGCGGAGCAGAAGGUCAACCUUCUCUCACACGACUAUGGUGACACGGUGGCCCUGGAGCUUCUCUACAGGAGUGAGCAGAACCGGAGCGGACACCUGGCCAUCAACAGCCUCUGCCUUUCCAAUGGAGGUAUAUUUCCAGAAACACACUACCCACGAUUCCUUCAAAAGCUCCUGAAAGACUGUGGCUUCAUUUCCCCUCUGCUCACGCGUCUAAUAAACUUCCAUCUCUUCUCCAGAGGGAUUGGAGAGGUGUUCGGGCCGUACACACAGCCAACCGAGGCAGAGCACUGGGACAUGUGGACAAGUGUCCGCUUUAAUGACGGAAACCUGGUCUUGGACAGCGUCCUGCAGUAUAUAAACCAAAGAUUGACACACAGGGACAGAUGGGUCGGAGCAUUGACCUCUACGUUGACCCCACUGCAUUUGAUCUAUGGACCACUAGAUCCAGUUAACCCCAGCAAUCAGUUUCUUCAUCGUUACCAGUCUACCAUCUCGAUUCUGGACGAGCACAUCAGUCAUUACCCACAGCUGGAGGACCCCACAGGUUUCAUGAACGCCUACCUCAGCUUCAUCAACUCAUUUUGAGUCGUCCUGUCCUGCCGAUGUCAUGCGCUGACUUGCCGAAGCAGGACACUGGCAACCAUUACAAAGGAACACUGAUAAUGAAUGUCAUGCACAGGAGGAAUCUGAUCUCAGAGCAGCAGCUGUAAACAUAAUGAGAGUCUGGGCUUCUGCUGAAACUCAAAACAAACAAAAAGUUGUUACAAUAGUCACAGAUCAUUGUUAGUAAUACUAAAAGCAGUGUUUCCUGUGCUGUGGUCAAGGAAUGUUUCUUUAUGGUUAUAGUUCAUUAUGGCCUACUCAUCUUUUUCAGCAGUCAAUGCACAACAUAAUUUAAGUUUGCAGUGAUAAAGCCAGAAGAGUCGUGUUCAGAGGGGAUUCUUCAAUCUACGGAUUACAAGUCGGUUGUUCACAGCUUGUUACAGGCUGACGUUACUUCAACAUUACGGUAAAUACAGUGGCAUUGGGGAAGCUUGGAGGAAGGACAGUCUGGCCUGACGUACAGAAAAGCAGAAUUUGGCCAUGAAGUGUGAGUGCAAAUGGAGAAACGUAAGAAUGGCCCCAAAAACUGCAAUUUGCAAAAGUAGGAGGACAAGUACCGAUCAAUGAAUGCCUCAGAGCUCAGCACAUCAGUUAGGAAUGGCGCUGUUUUUACACUGUUUGAGAGCUGUUCCUUUCUGUUCUGAUUGAUGUCGUGAUGUUUUAUUGUUCUACAAUGAUCAAACCCCUGUUCAUAUGCAUAGUUCCAAAAGGCAAUUUGGAAAUAUUGAAUGUUUUCAAUAAAAAGGAAUGAUGAACACUUUAAUGUGCUCAAUUUAUCAAAAAUAAAGUGGUUAUUUUUUUUAAA